AUGAGAGCAUUAACAUUAAUUCCAUUAUUUUUCCUUUUAGGUUCAACUUUAUUAUUAAUUUUAACAGUUAUAAAUGGUGCAGGAACUUCAUCAGUAUUAGGUAAUUUUUAUUGGUCAGAAACUGAUACUUCAAAUAUUCCAGGAGCUGGAAGAGAUAAAACAAGAUGGACAUUUUAUAGAUCAUGUGGUGAAUCUGGAGGUAGAAAUUCAGAUUGUUCAUCAUCAAAACCUGCUUAUCCUUAUUCACCAAAAGAUAAUUUUAAUUCAGAGCAAGGUAUUCCACAAUCUUUUAUAGAUGAUAGAAAUACUUAUUAUUAUUUAUCAAGAUGUGGUUGGGCUUUUAUUGUUGUUGCCUUAGUAUUUUCAGCAUUAGCUUUAAUUUUAAUUCCAAUUAAUUUUUGUAUUACAAUUGGUGGUAUAUUAACUAUAAUUACAUCUUUAAUUUCAUUUAUUUUUGCUAUAACUGGUGCUGCUUGUAUUACUGCUGCUCAUGUUAAAGGAAAACAUGAAUUUAAUAAAGCUGGUCAUUCAACAAGUUUAAGUGCAAAAUCAUUUGGUAUAUUAUGGGCAGCUGUAGCAUGUUUAAUUAUUGUUUUUGCAACAGCAAUUGGAGCAUGUUGUGGUACAAGAAAAGGUAAUAAAAAAAGAUCAACCAAUAAUCAAGCUUAUCCUCAAGAUAAUGAAAAUAAUGUGUAUUCAAAAGAAAGUGGUGAUUAUGCUCAAGGAAAUUAUGUUGAUGAUACUACUGCCAAUAAUAGAGGAGUUACUGGUACAGGAGGAGUUGCAGGAAUUAAUGAUAAUGAACCAAUUUCUGAUGCUUCAAAAUUUAGAUUUUUCAGAGUUAAAAGAGCAAAACCAGAAGAAAUUUAA